AUGGCUUCAGCAGUGAAACAGGCAGCUCUGGCUAACAUUUCUGCUGCGGAUAUUAAGUCGUUCACUGAACAUCUGCAAAAAAGCAAGCGAAUCGUAGCCUUGCUCGGGGCUGGGCUCUCCGCAUCCUCGGGACUACCCACCUUCCGAGGUGCUGGUGGGCUCUGGCGAUCAUUUGAUGCCACUUCGCUGGCCACUCCAGAAGCUUUCGAAAGCAAUCCGGGACUAGUUUGGCAAUUCUACAGCUAUCGCCGACACAUGGCUCUCGGCGUAGAACCAAACAAGGCACAUUAUGCACUUGCUGAACUAUCUCGAAGGAAAGAGAACUUUAUAACGCUAUCGCAAAAUGUCGAUGGGUUGUCGCCAAGAGCGCAGCACCCACCCGGGCAGCUGCAUCUACUGCAUGGAUCUCUCUUCAAUAUUAAAUGCAAUGAGUUCUAUUGCAACUACACAUGUGAGAACGACUUUACAGACCCCAUCGUUCCUGCUCUUGAGAUCCCCAAGAAGGGGUUGAACCUGCCUGCUUCAAGGGCGAAUGAGGUCGAUAUUACGGAUGCAGCGAAUCCAGUCCCCGAACUGGGGGUUUCUGACCUGCCCCAGUGCCCCAAGUGUGGCGGGCUCCUCCGACCAGGCGUGGUUUGGUUUGGAGAGCCUCUCCCUGGUGAUACCAUCAAGGCUGUUGAUGACUGGUUUGACGAAGGUCAAAUUGACCUCAUGCUGGUCAUUGGAACGAGCUCCAAGGUCUAUCCUGCUGCAGAAUAUACGGACACUGCUCGCCAAGCCGGUGCCCGAGUGGCGGUUAUCAACAUGGAUCCGAAUGAUAAGCCUCGUCAGGGUUUAAAACAGCGCGACUGGUUUUUCCAGGGUGAUGCCGCGGUCAUCGUGCCAGAGCUGCUGAAGGGCGUCAUUGGGGAGAUUUAA